UCAUAAUAUUCGUGCGUACCACUGGUUGGUGGGCCAUCGAUGGUUUUCCAUUAUGCUAUCGAUUAAUAGAUAACUCCAAUUUCUGCCGGAGAUUCGCUGUUUUGCAAUAUUUAUUCAACCUAGUCGUGAUAUUAUAUAGUCAUUUAGAUACCCGCGUUUCGUUUUAGCUGUGUGGCAAUCAGGUUUGCGUUUUAGUUUAAUUUUGUAGCGGCUUUUUAGGCAAGUUAACGGCGGGCAAUCGAUAGCUGUAUGCUCAUCGAUGUCACUUCACAUCCCUAGUCGUCCACUACGGCGCAUAAUUUUACACGAAUAUAAUAAAACAAUUUCAUUCAGCACACAAUUAAAUUUAAAAAACAGCUUCUUGCGGCGAUGCAAAUUUCGACCGCAACUGAUAUACUUAUACGAGUGGCGUGGUGAUAGCACUAGAGCGGCGAGGCGUACGGGGCCGCUGCAGUGGAAAAAAAGUGAAAAGUGGUGUUGAGCAGAAGAAGAAGAGCGGAGCAAAAUCAGACUUCUCAGCGAGUACAAGAGCCCGUGUUGACGCGUGUGUGUAAGUGUGUGUGUGUUGUGUGUGUGUGUGCGUGUCUUACGUUGCAAACACAAAAUUUCUUUAAAUUUUGCAUUUGCUCGGCGGCGUUUUAAUUACUUUUCCCUGGGCCGCAGCAGCACUGUUUAUCGCCAAUUGCCUUCAAAUGUUGCUCUUCCAAUUAUUAGGAUGAAAAAAUGCAAGAAAAUGACUUAAACGAGCGUCAAGAGGAACCAGCCAGUCUUCCACCUACAAGCAACGACACAAACAACAAAAACACAAGCUGCAACGACAGCAGCGAACUCCAAAUUCCCAGUGAGUCGGUCACGGUCACGGAUCAGCAGCAACCACAGGUGGCUAUCGAGGAACCGCAAAUAGUCGAGCAGGUUGAUUCUUCCACGACAGCUAAUCCAGACACAGGUGAUACAACCAGGCCGGAAAGGCUUUCCCCCACAUUACCGCUCGUAGUCCUAUAUCCUGCUAUAUUCGAAGUUGCCGAUAAAGUCGUCGAUCAAGCGGUAGAUGAGCCGUCGUCUGUAGUGGGUCCAGAUAGGGACGAGCUAUUGCCGCUAACUCCCAAACGAAAGCGUCAGCGCCGUGUUUAUAUCGCGGACACAUCCCGCUGCCUGCGAUCGAGACAAGAGUCGAAAGAUUCAACCGAGGCGGGGUCGAAGCAGGUGCCGACAACACCAACGCCACCGCCAACACAGGUCGCCUCACCGACGCCCACAGAAUCCACAGAGUACAUCAAACCAGAGCAUUUUAAUCCGGCGUUCUGGAAUUUGAUUGAAGAAGAGGAAUUUAAAUUCGUCGGCAAGAAGCGACGCGUUGCCGGUGGACGUAAUCGCGCGCGACGCGGCAGGCUACUGAACGGGCUCGGUGAAAACUACUCCCCGGAAACAGCGGCCGCUAUUGCGGCGGCACAAAUUGAGCUCGAUUCGUCAGGGAAGCCAUCAUUACGUGCCACCCGUAAGAGGAACGCCACCAUGUCGUUGUUCGACCGUCGAUUCCAGAGCACCGCCGAUGAGCGGCGCGUGCCGAACGGGUAUGGCGGCAAUGGAUUGCGGACAGGCAGUGCGGCCACUUCGAGUGACAUUGAGCCGCAGGAGUUGCAGGUCCAUCCGUAUUAUGGAUCUUCGGGGGGCAGCAAUCCAACGGGCGUCGGGGCGGGCCUAAAUGGCAGUGGAGCCGCUCUCAACCAUGCUCCUUCAAUGGGCACCCUCUGCAACAUUGGCAACACAUGCUACUUGAACUCGGUGGUGUACACGCUACGCUUUGCUCCACUCUUUCUGCACAACCUGCACCAUCUGAUCCACGACUUGAACGUGGUGCAGCAGAUUAUAGUGCGCCAGAAGACCGCCAAGUCGGCCUCGCUGGGGCGGAACGUGAGUGCCACGCAGCUGGAGCAUGCACGCAGUUGGAGCAGCAAGGAUCUGGCCACCUCAGAGCAGUACAACAGCAGCACCAAUGGCAGCAGCAGCGCCGGGGUCAGUGGCAGCAGCACCAGCACCAGCUCGAUCAAGGAAACCUAUCAGUCGGUCACGGAGAAGCUGCACGAGCUGUACAACAGCCUGCAUGGCAACGAAAUGGCCGACUCGACGGAGCCCUACCAUGCGGACACACUGCUGCAUGCCAUACAGGUUGUGAAUUCCACAUUUGAGGGCAACCAGCAGCAGGACGCCCACGAGUUUCUCAUGUGCGUUCUCAACUGUAUACGCGAAACGAACCAAGCUCUGAUCAAGGCCGUGGACGAAUGCCCCGAGGUCAUUGCAAACGGUUAUAUAGCCAAUCCCGAUGAGGUGGACUCUGCGGAGGCUGCCCAGGAGCGUACGGAUACCGCGGGGCCUCUGGCAAGCUCUGGCAAUGGCAACACUAGUCAAAUAACCACGACAAAAACAUCGUUCUUCUCACGAAAAUCAAAGAGAAAAGAUGAGGUCAAGUCAUCGAAAUCGACGCGUAUACAGUCACCGCUGAAGGACAACAGUCCGACGGCGGGUGGUCUCACCGCGGCACCGGCGCAUUCCACUGCAAACAGUCUCUUCUAUUUGAAUACAGUUGAUCUCAGCGGCGCCAGCAGCGUUGCGGCCCCGGCAGCAACACCGACCGUUUCGCAGCCGGCGUCGACCGGAAAAUACUCGAGCGACGAUGAAAUGAACCCGGCCAGUGCGCUGAAGAACAACAUGCGAUUGGAGGACCGCAUACGGGAUCUGCAUCUGAACUUCUUCAGUGCCGACUUUGAGGGCACUGUGGUGCUGACCACCAAGUGUCUCAGCUGUGAGACGGUCACGAAGCAAAAGCAGGGCAUGCUCGACAUCUCCGUGCCUGUGCCGAUAUCUGGCUACGACAAUGCCGACCUCCAGGACAAGCCCAGCACCUACAUUCAGAAUUCUUGCAUCACAAAGGAGUACUUUCGGGGUGAGAACAAAUACAGUUGCAAUCAGUGCACCGGCUACACCGAGGCCAUACGGUCCAUCUCGUACGAAGUGCUGCCUCGAUUGCUGGUCAUUCAGCUGAAUCGCUUCUCGGGAGGCAUGGAGAAGGUGAGCACGUAUGUGCCCACGGCCUUUACACUCCCGUGCUUCUGCGCCAAGUGCUGCGAGCUGAGCGACGGCAACAAGCUGCACGUGUACAAGCUGUACAGUGUGAUAACCCAUGUGGGCGCCACCCUUACAGUGGGCCAUUACAUUGCGUACACGUGCUUCCUGGAUCUGCCCAGUGACUAUAUAAACUGCCCAAAGGAUCGUCGGAACACAGUGUCGGGAUCGCAGACGCAGCAGGCGGCGGCGGCUUCCAGUGAGAGUGCGGCGCCAAACAAUGGCAGCAGCCACGUGGCCAGUACGCCCGUGGCGGCGGCUGCCUUGGUACUGGCCUCCUCUGGCACUAGUCUGAUAAAGAAAAUGAAAUUCGGACGCAGCAAGGCCUCGAGCAGCGGGGACAUGAGCAAAAAUGUAAAGCAACUGAAUGGAAUCAGCAGCAAGAACAUCACCAAUGGCAUUGGCAAGCUCAGCAUUAACACCACCUGCCACGGCGUGAGCUGCUGUGCCAUGCGCCUGUGCUGCAGCCAGCAACCAAGUGCCGCCACCGCCGGCAACAGCAACUCGGCCAGCUGUAGUGACUUCAGCGAGGAGUCCCUGCAGAACGGCAGCAAUAGCAAUCUCAGCCAUGGAAGUGGCAGUGGGGCGGCAGGCAGCGGCGGCAUCAACAGCAGCAGUGUGGUGCCAAACUAUCCCACGGGCUACGGCAGUACGGGACGUGGCGGUGUCAAGGCGAACUAUGCCCACGGCGGCACGGAUCCGAUUUGGUACAUGUGCGAUGACGACAAAAUCAAGGCGAUGACCCAGCGGGAGUUCGAGGAGCUGUUGUCCCCAACACGGAAGAUAACCAUAACACCAUACUUGCUGUUCUAUGCACGAUUCGAUCUGCAGCCGCCAUCGAAGCCCUCGGGCACAGCAUCCUCCUCGACGACGCCACCGCCAUUUGCGUCAUCGCAAAGCUCCUGGUCGAAUGAGGCUCUGUCCGGCAGCGGUGGAGGGUCGCAUAAGAUUUGAGGGUGUUCGGGAAAGCCCUGGAAGCAGCAGCAUUAAUAUACAAGCAUACAUAUGUAUUGCAUACUGAUAGGAUUGGAUCGCAUAUGUGGAUGUCUCUAGAGUAAUAUAAUAAGAAGAAGAAGUCUGUUUGUUAAACAAUAUAAUCGUACUAAGAUCUAUCGUUUAUCUACAUGCAUAACUAUCAUUAACAUAACUAACCAGCGGUUUGACUGAUGCCUCCCCCACGCCCCUCUUUGCAUGCCCUGUAAAAGUAAUCUGUUUCCACUCUUCACUCUCGACUGGAUCGGAAUGGGUUAUACGUUCCAUUUCCACAGAGUGUGGGGCUAUCGGUUAUCAGUUCUUCGUUCUGUUUGCCAUAACAUUUGCAUUUCAUUUGGCAUUCAAUCGUUGUGUUAUUUAAAUGUUCAAAACAAAAUGCUGCGUAAACGGAACACGAAUUUAAACGCCGAGAACGGACGCGGUCUAGAAUUGUUUUGCUGCACCACUGAAUGUAACUGAAGCAACACGCAACACGCAACAUGCAACAUGCAACAUGCAACAUGCAACACGCAACACAACAUUUUCGAUAUACUCGUGCAUAAAUUAAGUCCCAAAAGUAAUAAUACACAUAAUAAUAAAAAACGAAACCUUUGAUUCAAUAGCGUCUUUAAAAGCGAAUGUUGUAAUAAUAAUAAUAAUAAUAAUGAUAAUAAUAAUAUAUGUAUAUGUAUGUAAUAUGGAAUAAUCUCCGAUAUUCUCAUAGAACAAAGCAGGCAGCAGACAGGCAGGCAGCAAAUCAAUCUGUAAUAAUUACAGCAUCAAGUAUACAUCUAGUAAAUGGAACGGUUUAUUGUAAACAAUGAGCUACACAUAUGCAUAUACAUACAUAUAUAUUUAAGUGGAUAUAUAUGUUCACGGAUCCGCAUGCAUAUAUAUACGAAGUGUUGAAUAGUUGUUAAACGCAUAGGAACACGCAGCAAGCGGCAAGCAGCCAGAGGAAUAUAAUAUGGAACGGAUGAUCGGAUCCGAGAGAAACAGCAUCAAGAUGGAACAACUGAGAAUUGUUAUAAAAUUUGAGUGCAUAGUUUAUACAAAUGUUUUCAUGAUGAAAAAAAAAAAAAACAAAAAACAGAGGAACUACAUCCACAGACACACACGACACAUAAUGUAACAUUGAUAAAUAGAUUUAAUAAUUAUAUCAAAUACCAAUAAUAAUAGCACACACACCACACACACA